AAGACUGUACCAAUGGCGUUUCCUACACAUCAUAGCCAUACUGACAUGUUACCAACUUCGGAUGUUACACAGAACAGCCUGCUCACGACAUUCAAAGCUGGGGAGUGUAUCAUUGAGACACUUCGCCAUGGUGGACUUGAUUUGCGGUGUGUUCAGGUGGGUGCAGCACGGGCAGGGAGCCGCAGCCACGCAGGUCCAGGCCGAUGACCCAGUAUUUGGCCGACCAAUGUUACGGUGAAACAGGCAGUUAGGAUGAAAGCGUGCGCGUUCCCCAUCUGGGCUGUUUCUUGACCUUUAUUUGUUGCAGAGCCUCCAUCUGCUCUCUCGACCUUCACAGCGUACGAACACUAUGUCUCUCUUGGAAACAUACCAGCCUCUACCCCUUACGAUCGCUGUAUUACUCUUCUUCAUAUCCGUUAGCACACUCGGCAUUACAAGCCAUACGAUAUGGCUCUUGGCGCAAUACUUCCCAGCUGGCGCUUGGUACAUUUGGAGGGAACAGAGCGACGUGUACGAAGAGCAACAGACAAGACAACAAUGGAUCGCUGUCGACUAUAACGACACUACCGACAGAUUAGCACUUGUCCGAGCGGUACUGGGGGCAGCAGCAGGUUUACUAGGUAUCUGCGUUUCACGGGUGAGGAGAAGAAGCGUGGUGGAAGACGAGAUAAAGACAUCUCGCUCUUGCUUCCAGAGUAGAGCUUCGUAUAUCAUAGCUGUGAUUUUUGCCAUCGCAUCCUUCACCAGCACACUGACGUCCGCCAUAUGGUCUACGAUUCUUCAUCACCAAUCGUCCGAGCGUUGCCGCGUACCAACAUUCCUGAGCGAGUACAACAAUAAAUACACUUGUACGCGAGAAUUAGCGGCAUGCGUCAUGUUACCAGUCAUCACGAAACGAGAUGAUAGCGUGAGAAAACAGGCUUGUGAUGAGACAGUAAGCAUUGGAUUCAAGAACGCAUAAUGAGAUACCUGGCAGCUAACCACUAUGCCAUAUAGAAAACCGCCCGAUGGCUGAUUGUGCCCAUGCUUAUACUAGGUUUGGGGUUGGUUGUGGGCUAUACUGUACAGGUCUGGUCUACUAGGCGACGAACCGCUUGGGA